CAGAAGGUUCUCGCCGGUUAUUACAUUAGCCUCUGCUCUCUCUCUCAUCCUUGACUGUGAUAUUCCUGAUCUCCUUGACUCCCUUACUAUACGCAUCUAUAAGGGGGAUACGACAUGGUUGAUCUCAACUUCAAAUGCAAAACCUGCAUACAUGUGCACAGCGCACCGAAUCCUUCUUGGAAAUAUGGGCCAUCAAGGAUCAUUCCGAAGAUGACCUACAAUGCAGAUCAAGGUGAUGGAAUUGUUGUGGUUCACGAUGGAAAAUUGAACACGAGGCAAAGAUGACAGUAUCUCACGUUGCUCACUGCUGGAUCUGUCGUAGCUCUGUCAAUCCAUGCUGUCUAUGCAUGCCCAUGACCUUGCGAGCUCAAGUCGACGCUGCCUAUAUUGUAAAAGUAUAAGAGAUGGUCGAGCAGUACACAGCAAUCUCGCAAAUUUGUAAAUAGCUGAGGACAUAUUCAAAGAACGAAGACGCAAAACGAGACAGCACAAAUCUUACCUAUAGCCAUCGCAUCAGACACCAUGACCCUUCCACAAGGAACUCUGCGCACUGCGCGCCUCGAGCUACGACCCCUCGGCCCUGAGCACGAGGAACUCACCAGGAAACUGGACUUUGAUCCAGAUGUCAUGAAAUACGUUCUGUUCGGUAGAGCGUUGACACUCGACGAGUCGAUUGAGACACAUAAAUGGCUGCUUAAUGCGGCAACAAUUGUCCCUGGGCUCGGAUGCUGGGCCGGCUACGUUGGCGACGACUUUGUUGGCUGGUGGGUUCUCGCGCCAUCCCAAAGUAAUGCAGGACAAGAUGGACCUCCACAAUGCAACAGGGAGCGAGCGGAAUUUGGCUGGAGACUGUUGCCGAAGUUUUGGAGAAAAGGGUACGCGAAGGAAGGUUCAUUCGAGCUGCUGAGACAUGCCUUCCAAGACUUGGGCCUGAAGGAAGUGGGUGGAGACACCAUGUCAGUCAACGCUGGUUCUCAGGCGACAAUGGCAUCUUGUGGAAUGAAGAAAGUUCGCACAUACUAUACCAAGUACGAUAACCCUCCUCCUGGAAUCGAGGAUGGUGAAGUGGAAUAUGUUAUCACCAAGGACGAGUGGAAGGCGCAACACGACAAGAACUACGAGUCUCCGAACCAUACGCAACCUCUUGUGCAGAGCAUGCGUGCACAAGAGACUGUGUAGUUAGGUGCUUUUGGGCCGUCAUGAUACGGGUAUGGUCGGGAAGAGUUUGACAAAUCCUAGCAAGGAAUAAGCAUAUGAGUCGGAAUGGAUCCGGAAUGGACAGACAACAUGAUCCUAGAGAGGCUGGGAACAACCUGCAAACUCGUAUCAAAUAUAGUUACCUCACAAUACACAAAGUCACUCUCAAAUCACACGUCAGAUCGUAUGGUGCAUAAAGUACGAGUGGGGGGCGUCAGUUGAAUUGGCCGACGGGUAUAUCUCGGGCUUCUUUGUACGGUGUAGCGGGAGGGGCGU